UUAUGUGUUUUGUUUGUUAUUGAAAGGCCUAAGAAGAAAACAUAAAAUACAAAUCUGAGGCGUAGUGUAGUGCUACAAGGAAAUAAUUGAAAAUGAUACCUUACUUGAUAUAAUUGUUCUUCAAGCAUACACCAUGAACAAUCACUUCUUGACUCCUCACCUCGAUUUCAAUGCAGACAUCACGGCUGAUACGAUUGCAUCGGCUCCCCUGGAAUCUAAUCCUUUAGAUGAAACAACAGUGGUGGUACUUUCUCCACAGCCCUCAACUUUUGCAAAUAUUGAUAAUGCCAGUGCUAAUCCCAAGAUUAUUUAUCUGGAUAGAGUGUGCCGAACAUGUAUGGUAGACAAAGAGAAAGAUCAACUGAAAAAUUUAUUCGAGUUCUGCCUGGCCGGAACAAUAAUGGCUUGCGUGAAUAUUUCGAUUGAAGAAUCUGAUGGAUUACCGUGCCAUAUAUGUAUGGAUUGUUUGCAAGAGGUGGAAAGAAUAAUUAAUUUUCGACAGCAGUGUGAGCGAUCCGAUGCUACCAUACGAAACCUGAUUGAGAAAUCCGUUGUCAUCAAUCAGGAUAGGCAGACGAAGUACGAAGUGCUAAAUGUCGUUUUGACUGACGCAAAUGGUAACACUGAGACUUCAGCUGUUGUAGUUCCGAUAGAGGAACUUCGAUUUCAACUAAUAAACGGCAGAAGCCCAAACGCCGAAGGUUCAGCGGGAUUGGUGAACAUUCCAGUUGUUGAACUGAAUAAUUCUGCCGAUCAUCCUUCCUUCCCUCAAGCUCAACCUUCAGGUCCAAUCGAAAUUACCAUACCAACUGGUGGUCUAGAUUUAUCCUUCCCGGCGUCGACAGACAUGCUUAUCUCGGACAAUAACAUAAGGGCAGAUCAAAACUCGGUAGAUGAGCAAUCCAUCGCUGUAAAUCCAAACGAGCUUUUGAAUGAAACCGUGACAACUAUUGCCCCGAAUGAUUUGCUUUCCGAUGAAAAAGCUGAAGAGGAAUUGAACGCUCUGAAGAAUCUCAAGCAAGAGCUUUCUGAGUUCAUUGGCAGUAACUGCGCAGAUUUGACUAAAGACCAGGACCUGGAUGAUAAUGACGAUGAUGAAAUGAUACAUGUCGACUAUUUGAAGGAUGCUCUAACGGAAGAAUAUAUCCAAACAAUGGAAAAACAGUUGGCUCCAUCCGUAACGCGCAUUGACGAAUCGCUACAGGAUCGCCUGGAACAGGAAAAUCUGCACAGUUUAAUUAAUGACGAAGAUCGCAUCCAGCUGAACGCCGCGCAAUAUCAGCAGCAACAACAGCAGGGUUUGGAGGGCAGCGACGGAAUACAUCAAACCGUCGGAAAUGACGCACUAUCCAGCGACGGUGAUGGCUAUGGGGAUUAUGACGAACGUUAUUGUAAAAUCUGUGAUAUCGGCUUCGAAGAUAACAAACAGUAUAAACGACACGCGAAAAAACAUUCCGAGAAACGCUUCGAGUGCAACUUUUGUCAACGCAAGUUCGCUGAACAGUCGUUGUUAAGGAACCACAUGCUUCGUCACACCGGUGAGAAGAUACACACUUGUAAUGUUUGCAGCGCACGGUUUUUCGAAAAGAACAUGUUGAACGUACACAUGCGACGACAUUCUAACGAACGCCCGUACAGCUGCGAAACGUGUGGUAAGCGGUUCACAACUAAAAGUCUCCUCAACACCCAUAACAAGAUCCAUCUGGGAGAGAAAUCACAUAUUUGCACGGUAUGUGGCAAAGGCUUCACGCUUUCUUGGCAAUUGAAGGCCCACACUAGGAUUCACACUAACGAGAAACCGUACGAAUGUCCGUAUUGUCAGAAACGAUUCAACCAGAAUGGGAACCUUAUGAUACACAUACGUAUCCAUACUGGUGAGCGACCCUUCAAGUGUACUCUCUGCGACAAAGCCUAUCCGAGCCAAGGAGAGCUAAGCGGACAUAUGCGGCAACACACAGGGGAAAAGAAGGUGAAGAAAAUCGCGUGUACCGUUUGUGAAAAGGCCUUUGCUGGCAAUGGCGAUCUCAAAAUCCAUAUGCGAACUCACACAAAAGAAAAACCCUACAGCUGUCAGCUGUGUGGCAAGAGUUUCAUGCUCCAUGUUCACUUGACGGUUCACAUGCGGUCACACACCGGGGAGAAGCCCUUCGCUUGCUCCAUAUGCGAGAAAGCUUUCGCAACCAAUUAUCAGCUCAAAAAUCACACCUAUGUUCAUACUGGCGAGAAGAACUAUUCCUGUGAUGUAUGUAACCGACGGUUCAGUAGCUCAGCCAAUAGAAAUACACACCGCAAAACGCACGAUAGGAAAAUUUCCUGACAGAAGUAUAUGUUCGUAGGUUAAGGUAUUCUAUUCUAUCCUUCUUGAUCGGUGCUUAUGUUCAUGCGAAGGCAUCUAACGGGUUAUAACUGAAAAUCUGCACAAAUUUAAAAAUCCUCGGUCGACAUUGUGGUAACUUUUCGGAUUCCUCUCAUUAAGCAUUAAGAGAAUGUUGAUCGAGAACUCCAAUGUCGUCUUAGCAUGAAAAAAAUAGACUCGAUCCGGUCAAAAUAAGUAAUCAUCAUUUUAAUGGUGUUUAUGUAUAACGCAAACCAUUUUUUUAUAUUGGUAACCCAUUUGGUUCAACCCAUUAGCGACCAAGCUGUAAUUUUUUUUUUUGACGAGAGCCAUUGGUGUAAUUUUCAUUAUUGAUGGUGAAGAAACCCCAAUGUUCAAGAAUUAUUUAUUUCAAAUUUUUCUGAACCUGUUUUAUUUUAAGAGUGCUUUAGAUUGAAUGAUUGAAUUUUUAAGCUGUUACCAAGUUGCCGUUAAACAGAUGCAACAAUAAAUUGGCUAAUUGCAUAAUUGCAAAUUGCAUAAUAAUUGCAUGACAGACCGUUGAAAUUAGUGCAGAUUUUCAGUUACAACCAGGUCAAUGUGAAAAUUGUGCAUACCAUAUUUAUUUCUAUGUGUAGCUUUGCGUUGGAACAUUCUAUUUUAGGGAAUAUUUAGGGAAAAGUUUAGUCCAAUUAAAACGUUUAAUUUAAUUUGCAAUCAUGAUCUAUUGUCAUCGAUUUACAAAUUACUUCUAUUCAACUGGAAGCAGUGCUUUCAUGACUAACCAGUAUAUUAUUGUAGGGGAAAAUAUUUGUUAGGUAAGUGGUAUUGAUGCUUCGACGAACUACGCGAAUUCUUAUGAUUCUCUCUUAAUUAAAGUUCAAAUUAUAUUAGAUUAGAAUCUACAUUAGUAUUUCCACUAUAUGUAAGCACAUUAAACAAUGUAAUAAUGUAUUCUUGGGUUUGGUUCAAGCGAUUGCAAAUACAUGACAGAAACAAA